AUGUUGAAAAAACUACAUGUAUGUGUAUUGGAAGCCAGAGACUUACCCGUGAAGAAUUCUCGUGUGAAGCUUAAACUUGGAAAGUUUAAGUACAAGACAAGGAUAUUGAGAAACACGUUCUGCCCCAUUUGGAACGAGGAGUUUGUUUUCAAGGUGAAGGAUAUUGCAGAUGAAGUGCUUGAUGUAAUUCUUGUUAAUCAUAAUGAUGAAUCAAAGGUGAUUAACGGUUCUAAAGUGGAUUUUGUGGGUGAGGUGCGGAUUCCGAUUGGUUCAGUUGUUUUUGAGGAGGAUAAUAAGCAAAUAUUGCCACCAACGUGGUUCUCUCUUCAAUGUCUUAACAAGAGUGGCAAAUAUUUCAACAAAUUUUCUGGGAAGAUUCUUCUUACAAUAUCUCUUCAAUGCAAGGACCAUGCUUCUUUUAUAAAUCAUAAGCAUUCUCCAAACUCAACUACUGCAUCUGAGGACUCAACAGACUUGGAAGGUAUUCACAUUUCAUCUCAACCAUCUUUUCGCAAAAUUCAUAAAAUGGGCGAAGGCAAACAUUUGUUCAAGGUUAUUGCUAGGAUUUUCAAUAAAAAAGAACGAAAUUCAAAAUCCGCGGAUUGUUCAGAAUCAUCAAAUUCAUUAUCUGAUAAUGAAGAUAGUGUACAAGAAAAUUCAUCUCCAUGUAGCUUUGAAGAAGCCAUUGCAAUAAUGGAAUCAAAAUAUAACCAGCCAGAAAGUCCUGAAAAUUUGCAAGGUGGUAUUCUAGUAGAUAAGAUUUAUGCAGUGUCUCCAUACAACCUUAAUGUAUUUCUUUUUGCACCAAAUUCACAGUUUAGGAAAGAUUUAGCAGAACUACAAGAGACAACAAAUUUACAAGAGGGAGCUUGGUCCUGGAAAGGUGAAGACAUGUCUUGUUUGACUCGAGUUGUUACUUAUACAAAAGCUGCUUCAAAAUUAGUUAAGGCUGUCAAUGCUACUGAGGAUCAAACCUAUAUUAGAGUAGCUAAAGAUGAAUUUGAUGUGCUUGUUAGUGUAUCUACUCCUGAGGUUCCAUAUGGGAAUACAUUUCGGGUCGAAUUGCUUUACAAGAUAAUGCCUGGAGAUGUGUCUUUUGGAGAGGAAUCUUCUCAUCUUGUAAUAUCAUGGGGAAUUAUCUUCCUUCAAAGCACAAUGAUGAAAGGUAUGAUAGAGAGUGGUGCUAAACAAGGUUUGAAGGAGAGUUUUGACCAGUUUUCCAACCUACUUGCUCAGAGUUUCAAGGUGCUAGAUAAGGAAAACUUAACUAACAAAGAACAAUUCUUAGCAACUUUGCAGACAGAAAGCCAGUGGAAUUGGUGGCAGGCAAUUGCAUACUUCUGGAAUUUCACAAUAGUUUCCACGCUUUUUAUGUUUUUGUAUGUGUUGUUGCAUAUUUUAAGGUGUGGUCCAAGUCAACCUCAGGGCUUGGAAUUUAGAGGGAUUGAGCUGCCAGAUAGCUUAGGAGAGCUGGUUACUAGUGGAAUUUUAGUUAUCCAGUUGCAGCGUGUUUAUAAUAUGGUAUCUCACUUUGUGCAAGCAAGAUUUCAAAUGGGAACUGACCACGGCAUGAGGGCACAUGGUGAUGGAUGGGUUGUUACUAUAGCUUUAAUUGAGGGGGUUGACCUGACUUCAUUGGAGUCAACAGGGUUGUCAGAUCCCUAUGUUGUUUUCACCUGUAAUGGACAAACAAGGUCAAGCUCUGUCAAGCUUGAGACAUCAGAUCCUCAAUGGAAUGAGAUAUUAGAGUUCGAUGCUAUGGUAGAACCACCGUCAGUUCUAGAUGUGGAAGUUUUUGAUUUCGAUGGUCCAUUUGACCAGGAUGUUUCACUUGGACAUGCUGAAAUCAAUUUCCUAAAGCACACAUCAACAGAAUUGGCAGACAUAUGGGUCAUGCUUGAGGGAAAGCCCGCCCUUUCUGUUCAAUCGAAGUUGCAUUUGAGAAUUUUCUUGGAUAACAAUAAAGGAGUUGAAACAAUAAAGGAUUACUUGGAGAAGAAGGAAAAGGAAGUAGGCAAAAAGUUGAGUCUUCCAUCACCGCAAAGGAAUUCUACAUUCCAAAAAUUGUUUGGGUUGCCUCCAGAAGAAUUUCUAAUCAACGAUUUCACGUGUUACCUGAAGAGAAAAAUGCCUUUACAGGGUCGGCUAUUUCUUUCGGCAAGGAUUCUGGGAUUUUAUGCCAAUCUAUUUGGACAUAAAACCAAUUUUUUCUUCCUUUGGGAGGAUAUUGAAAGUAUUCAAGUACUUCCUCCAUCAAUAGCAUCAUUCGGAAGCCCGACAUUGGUCAUAAUUCUUCGAAGAGGACGAGGUACUGAUGCAAGGCAUGGUGCCAAGACGCAAGAUGAAGAAGGAAGACUUAGGUUUCAUUUUCAAUCAUUUGUCUCAUUCGGUUCUGCAUCCAGAACAAUAACGGCAUUGUGGAGAACAAGAAUACUCAACCCCAAUCAGAAAGAGCAUAUUACAGAAGAGCAUGAAGAUCAGGAAGUCUUGUUAAUGCCUGAGAAUUCUGGAUCUAUGAUAGAAGCUGAGGAAAAAAUGUCCAGAAUUUACUCAGCAGAACUACCAAUUAAGAUGACAUCAGUGAUGACGGGAGUUUUUGAUGGAGGACACCUAGAACAUAAGAUUAUGAAGAGAACCGGUUGUAUGAACUAUGACACUACAGAUUGGGAACAAGUAAAACCUAAUGUCCUUGAAAGGCAUGUUUCUUACCAAUUUAACCGCCAUCUGUCAGUUUUCGAUGUAACAAGCACACAACAAAAAUUAGCAAAUACAAACAAUGAAGGGUGGAUUGUGAAUGAAGUUAUGGUCCUUAAUGGUGUCCCAUUUUCUGAUCAUUUCCAUAUUAAUUUUAGGUACGAAAUUGAGGAAUCAAUUCUCGCCGAAUGUGCUUGCAAAUGUGAUGUAUACAUUGGCAUUACGUGGCUUAGGAGCUCUAAGUUUCAGCAAAGGAUCCACAGGAACAUAACAACCAAGUUUAAAACUCAACUGGAGGAAAUAUUUGAAUUGGUGCAGAAAGAGAUUUUAUUGAUGUCUCAGAACUCAUAUGAGUAA